CAUUCAAUUAUCUCUCCGGCUUGCGGCUGUUAAGGCUUUAAAGUGUGCCCCACACACCGGGUUGUGCUCAGUCGAAUUCUGUUCUCGGACCAUUAAGCACCGAACAACCCAACAUGAGAGUCGCCGUCGCAUUUGCUGUUUUUCUCGCCGGACUGUGCGUGCUGUCCGGACUGAACGCGGCGCCCGUGGUGUGCAACGAUGGCAGUGGCAUCCAGGUGUCCGAUGGCAACGGCUAUCAAAGUCAGACGCAAACCGGCCCGGGCUGCCAGAGCCAGACCUCCGACGACGGGUCCCAGUCGCAGAGCCAGAGCCAAACGGGCAAUGGCUACCAGUCGCAGACGCAGUGCAGCGGCUCCUCUUGCGGUCAGUUCAGCCCCUUCCCGCCCCUGUUCACCCUCAGGCCGUUCCAGCCCCUGCAGCCCAUCACCUGGCGGCCGUUCGGCCAGGCAGGGAGCUACCAGGCGCAGCAGCAGACCAACGUCGAUUAAGUUCUCGAAGCGGUAAACUCAAUAAAUGAUCUAGAGAUUGAUGCAACUUAAA